CCCAGCCUCUGCCACCCGCCCGCCAUCCCAGCCCUGAGCAGCAACAGCCAUGUCCAACAACAUGGCCAAGAUCGCGGAGGCCCGGAAGACGGUGGAGCAGCUGAAGCUGGAGGUGAACAUCGACCGCAUGAAGGUGUCACAGGCCGCUGCCGAGCUCCUGGCUUUCUGCGAGACUCACGCCAAAGACGACCCGCUGGUGACGCCAGUACCCGCCGCAGAGAACCCCUUCCGCGACAAGCGCCUCUUUUGCGUCCUUCUCUGAGCUCUCCC